UAUAUUUGUGCGCUGUCGGAAUUGCAUUAAUAAACUGAAAUAGGAAAUAUAAAGUGCAUGAGGUAAACGAGUUUUUAGACGGUAUAUAGGAGUUAUCUGUAUGAAAAUCACAAUAAACUGUUUUUAUUUAUCAAAAUCAAUUUUAAGUAUGUAUUUUGGCUAGUUGAAAUAAGCUACUUAAGCCUGUUAAGCUUAAGAAGUUUCGAGAAAUUGGGGCAAGGCUGUUUAAAUGGAAGCGGAUGAGCAAUUGGAAGAAGAUAUUGAAAGAACAACAUUAGGGGUUAAAAUCAGAAUAGCCCAAAUGGCUGGACCGGCGCAGGCACAACCUUCUUACCAUUUGCCGAAGAUGUUCAGGGUUGGAGAACACUUAGGGUCGGAGGAUCGAAGCACGGAGUUCAAAGAAGGUCCGCGGUUUAUCGAAAAUGACUUUCGUCCCAAUGUGGCGAAAUAUGUGUCAGCAUUUAUCAACAGCCAUAAAAACGGGACUCUCUAUAUAGGAGUCGAUGAUACCGAAGGGUAUAGAUCAGGAUGGUACUCCGUUGUGAUAUGUAUCGUUGUGCAAGGAAGUCGUAUAAACACCAAUGGGCAGCUCUACAGCACACUUCAAGGCACCUUUGAGCGAAGAGACGGCGGGGUGCAUACAUUGAACACUCGGGCUAUACACAACUUCUACAAAAAAAAAUACCAAAGUAAGAGAAACUCGUUGGAAAAAGAAAUACAAGAAUUGCUUGGUACAAUUAGAGAACUCCGAGACGAAAUAGAAAAAUUAAAACUUCAUCAAGUUGAACAUGCGAAGGUCCAAGGAGCAGAGGCGUCGAAACAGACCAUAGAAGAAAUCAAGAAACUUCGUACCAUCAUUGAAUCACAACCUAAGAAAUCAUCAAAAGUGUGUACAAUAUCCUAGAACAGUACUUUAGUUGUUUUUAUCAGUCAAAUUUUGGCACUCUCAGUAUAAGAUGCAAUUGUAAAAAACAUUUCAUAAAAUACUGUCAUGUAAUCCUGCGGCUUAAAGGUACUCAAUCAAGGAUUAUACCAACAUGUUUUACACUUUCAUUGUUGGAUGUGAGUUAUUUUACUUACUUUUCUGAACAAACACCAAACUUAAAAUCGAAGAUAACAUUUUUUAGCAUUUUUAUUCAAUGUCCGACCCUAAAAUCGUACAAGAGUCCCUUUAAAUUGAAAGGAAAUAUUGUGCAAGACGAUAUAGUUGCGUUCUAUCUUGUUAAUGGCGUUCUAAGUAAAUAAUGUAUCACGGCUUAGGCUUCCGUUCGAAAAGUUAUUAAACGUUUCAAUAAAUAACUUAAAACUC